AUGAUCGCCCCUAUCGCUUUCGGUGCUGCUGCUCUCAUGGCUGGUGUGGCCCAAGCUCAAGUUACCGCCACUGGUACUAUGGGUGUCACCAACCCCGCUGAACCUUCUUUGGGAACAGCUGUAAACCAAACAUCCAUGGCUCGACUUGUUUCCCUUAACGCCAUCGACGAUUUCUGUCUUUUCGCUCCUCCUGAAGCCAACUCCGUAAUCGGUAACACCGAGGCUGAAGAAGUCGCUUGGUGUGUCCAGGCCCGAAACAACGCCCGACAAAUCCCAGAUGGUACUUUCACCGCUGUCCACUUUGUCAAGACUCCUCUUUACUGGCAAAUCCAAGGUCUUGGUGACUUGACCAAACUUAACAUUGCAAGCGGUGAUGAGGGUGGUGAGCUUGAUCCUCACGGUGCUACCGGUCUCGGUAACCCCGUCGGUGGUAACGUUACCACCAACGCCACUGGUUCCGAUGUUCACUACGAGGAAUGGAUGAACUAUAUGUCAUACCAACAAUUCUGUCUCCGAAUCUGUAUCGCCGAAAACUCCACCUACUCCGCCGCAUUGAUGUGUCAACACACUCUUGAUGAGAUGGGUUGUAACUGGGUCAUGCCCGGUGACUACACCGACAACUCUUACACCGAAUGUGAUGGUGAUUCCGCCUACCCCCCUGGUCUUUACCCUCUCACCAAUGGUUCAACCUCUACUUUCCAACAACGAUACACCGGUACUUACACCGAUGGUGCUGGAUCCGUAGGAAUGUGGACUCAAGGUCAAACCGUUACUCCUCAAACCGCUUACUCUACCCCCGCCACAUCAAACUGUAUUACUUACCAAACAAUCGCAAACGGUAUCGCUACACUCGCCGCUGGUUCAAGCAACUCUAGCUCUUCAGCUUCAUCUGGUUCAGGUUCAGCUUCCGCUUCCAUGACUGGAUCUGCUUCCGCUUCCUCCAAAACCUCAGGAGCCGCCGCUGCUGUUUCCGCCGCUUCUGGUUCAGCAGCCUCCAAAGCAGCCUCAGGUGCAAGCGCUGCUGCUUCUGCUACUUCAUCCGGAUCAAGCUCAGGCGCUCUCCCCGCUGCAGUCGGAAACACCUACAGUCCCGCCGUAGCUGGUGCCUUCAGCAUUGUAGCUGUUCUCGCUGGUGCCGGUGCUUUCCUUCUUUAA